AUGGCGCUUGAACUGGGUCCUGGAGUGCGAUCCGGGUCGCCAGAGAGCUCUGGGCGAGACUCGCCUAUUCCACGGCAAUGGAGGAAUCAGCUUGGUGGAGAGGACACUCCUAUCAAGGACAAGGCAUACCGUAGAUAUGCCGCCGGAGUCGACAAGGCGCUGGGGUUGUUCGAGACGGCGCUGGAGGAAUGGGCCGACUAUAUAUCCUUUCUUAACAGACUGCUCAAGAGCUUGCAAGCCCGACCGUCUUCCGUCUCCGUCAUCCCCUCCAAGAUUACCGUCGCGAAACGUCUGUCGCAAUGCUUAAACCCGUCCCUACCGUCAGGCGUACACCAAAAAGCACUCGAAGUGUAUAAUUACGUAUUCGAAACAAUUGGAAAAGAUGGGCUGUCGCGAGAUCUCCCUUUAUAUCUCCCAGGCUUGGCACCUACCCUCUCUUUUGCGUCCCUCUCCGUUCGCUCGCCGUAUCUCGACCUGCUUGAGCGUCACUUCACGGGUGUUGAUUCUAGGUCCUUGCGGCCAGCUAUGAAAUCCAUCAUACUGGCAUUGCUACCAGGGCUAGAAGAUGAGACUAGUGAAGACUUUGAUCGAACCAUGCGCCUGGUGGGGAGCUUCAAACAAGCCAUUCGACCAGCAGAUAGCAUUCCCCUUACCGAGCAACAUGCAUCAGGUGACGACUUCUUUUGGCAAUGUUUCUUCCUGGCCUCUGUUACAAGUCAUAGCCGGCGUGCUGGUGCCCUUGCCUACUUGGUACGCAAUCUGCCCGUGCUGGGUUCUGAUGCCGCCCCUGGAACGUCUAGUGAGAAAAACGGCCAAGCCAAUACGGAAAGCAACUUCAACAGUGACAUUGCCGCCAUCGUUACCACGCCAGAGCCUGGUUUGCUCGUGAGAUGUUUUGCUAGUGGCCUCUCUGAUGAUCAGCUGUUAAUUCAGCGUGGCUUUCUCGAUUUGCUUGUGUCUCAUCUGCCCCUUAAUUCUAAAGUGUUGCAGUCUCUUGUGAAGCCCGGUGAUCUGGAACUUCUUCUGAGAGCGGCAGUCGGGGUAGUCACCCGACGAGAUAUGAGCUUGAAUCGUCGAUUAUGGGCAUGGCUUCUUGGCCCUGAGCCGACAGGCAACGAAGGGGAACAAAACCCUGAGUUACACGGCCACGCGUCAGACGGCCAACAAGCUCUGCUGUCCUCCCGGACGAGCUACUUCGAACAGUUUGGACUGCAGUCACUCACAAAAUCCCUUCUUGAAAUGAUCAAGGACACGACUCAUAAAGGAGUCGCCGAACGAACUCGACCAUACCGAAUAUGUCUCUCUUUAAUGGACAGAUGGGAGGUUGGUGGGCUUGUGAUUCCAGACAUCUUUCUUCCUGUAGUAGAAAGUGUACGACAGUUUCAAAAACAGAGUCCAGCCAAGGCAGAAUUCACCGAGGUGUUACGCAGUGCAAGCGUGUUUUUCGAUGGCAUCGAAAGUGGUCUAAUCUAUGGUGAGCUUGUUGGACUCUUGUCUCAAGCUAUUAGCCCGGGAAACUUGAGCAACGAGGAGCGAAGUGAUAAGCUGUCCUUGGUCACUUUCAUCGUCACUAAUUUCAACGUGCGCGAAGAGGAAAUGGUUACAAUUCACGCUCCCUUGACCUGCCUCACCGCUUUGGUCAUGUUAGAAGAUGCGCGCAGUUCGCAACAUGGCGGCAACUCAUCGUUGAAUGAACAAAUCCUCAGCAUCGUUGUUUCUCUCCUCGAGCUGGUUCCAGAACGAGCGUUUGUUGACUCUGCUACGGGCGACGCCAACCAAAAAAGAAAAUCUAAUGAUGUUUCUUCCUUGUCGACGACAGAUUUGAUCAAAGAAAUCCAAGAUUUUUACAUCCACGGACAGGGAAAUCUGGACGCCUCGCCGACGCCUUUCUCUCAAGUCCAAACCGGUGAGCUGAUUUUGGACAAGGCAAUCAAGUAUAUUGUCGAUGACUCAGUUGAGCAAGAGUCAUCGUGCUCCUUGAGCCUACAUAUCAGAGUCCUGCUUCUCAUCUUAUUAAAAGUGCCCAAAACCUACAAAUUCGAUGAGAUAACUCUAGUGUCUUCUCUAAAGCUCCAUUAUGUCGAGCGAGUCUCAACAUCAGAACUCUCGGAGCUGGUGCAUCCUCUAGUUCAGCACGCAUGGUCAUAUCUCUCCGCCUCUGAGCCCAAGUAUCAUGUGGAAACAGUUCGGUGCCUGUGGCAGCUUCAGUCUGCCCUUUCGUUAUCCCGCCGCGAUGUUGAAGCUUCGCUUGCGAGUAUCCUAGUCGACCAGAGUGCUGGCGAUGGUGCAGAUAUUGGGCGCGCUUUCGGCGUCCUUUGGUCACACACUCUUCAGGAUACACCAUCCGAUCGUCGAGGACCCAAGAUCCCUACCAUUGAAGCAAAGCUGGGCCAAAAACUGAGUGCGACUGAUCACUAUGAGAUUAUGCUAACGCGGCCUCUCUUCCUCGUACUGGACGGAUUACUAGAUGACAGAACCCAGAUGUAUAUGACUGUCAAGUCGUGGUUGAACAGCAUGGUUGGCAUUGAUAGGCUUUUCCUGCUUUUUGUUGUUAAAUUCGCAGAGAUACCCUGUCUUCGAGACGUUGGAAAGAGUGUUGAAGCUGAAAAGCCUCAACCCGAAGGCCCCAUUUUCAACGAGGAUGACGACAUUGACCUCUGUUUGUAUUACCUCAGGUCUCUUCAUCAUGUGCUGGACAGCUCGGGAGAAAAUUCAAGAGCAGUGCUUGUGUCCAAACACCUCUCGUUUAACAGUGUUGGCCAGGUGCAAAUCUCUACCGGCGGAGAUGAGACCGAUAUCACGCUACAGGAUUAUUUCGUCAGGGUGUGCUUGGCUUGCAUCACUGGUGAUGCUUACGCAUCUGCCAGCGACGACCUUAACAACAGGGUCUCCCAGUUACAUCGUUAUGCACUCACCGUCCUCCAUAGCUUCCUCAUAAGUCACCAUGCCGCUCCUCUAUCCAACCUUCAUCUCGACCACCUCCUGAUUGACAGAUUGAUGAAAUCUAUCGGAAGCCCGGACCCGUAUGUGCAAGUUCUCUUGCUUGAGGUCGUCUUUGAUGCCCUUAAACUGCAGGAUAUCAUUGCGGCAGAGCUUUCGGCACCAUCGGCCGCUGAAAAGCGACGCUCAAGCGCGGAUCCUCUACACGCGGUGCGAUUAUCCAUCUCUGCGGGCGACACAAGACCGCCUCCCAUGAUAAUGCCGCCCCAGCUGCUCAAGUGCCUGCAGGCAGGCCUAAGCUCGACAAGCAGCCAGUUUGUUCUAGAUAACUGGGUUACAUUUCUCGGCAGAUGCUUGCCCUUUUAUUCACAGUCCAUCUUUCAGAUUUUGAUACCCCUCGUUGAGACUCUAUGCAAGCAGAUUGGCAUUACGUUCUCGCACUUGAAAGACAUGUUUGAAGACGAAACUUACGAAGUCAAGAGUGAGAGUGGAACUCCGGAAUCCACCUUGAUCUAUCUUCUAAACGCUUUAGAGCAAGUCUUGGCAAAGGCACAUGAUCAACUGUUAGCUGAAGAAGCUCAAGCGCUGGCCUUGAAGGGUCCUGACCAGCCUCAGUCAAUCUUUGGGAGCAUGGUAUCGGGCGUCUUCCAAUCCGAUACCCCACAAUCUCGAAGCGCUACAGCCAACGACCGUCUGACCGUUCACCUAGCCUUCCAAGAUGCCGUGCGAAUGUGCUUCUCCAUCUGGACUUGGGGACAGGGAGAUGAUGCCACAACACAGGACAUCAACUCGUCCGCCUCCUUCAACUACACGUCUCUGAGGAUGAGAAAUCGGGCGAGGAGGCUCCUUGAGCACCUCUUUACGGCAGAGACACUUGAAAGUCUGGAAACCGUGAUUGACGUUUGGAGGAAUUCAACAAGCGCGGCUGACCAUGCCACCGUGUUCAACUUUUUGGCAGCCUUGGAUGCUGCGAGGCCAAGACAUUCGAUGCCAGCGCUAUUCAAUUCAAUAUAUAGUCGUACAAACCCGGCUGCGCUGGAGCCUUCCCGGAAAUCAACCAUGACAAUCUCACUUCAAGACGCCGACUUGGUCGUCUUUCUGGUCGAGUACGCCAGGUCACUUGACGACGACGCCAUGGAUGAGAUAUGGCAAGACUGCAUAACGUUCCUCAAGGAUCUUCUGAACAACCCUUUCCCUCACAGACAGACGCUUCCCAGUCUUUUGGAAUUUGCCGCCAUCUUAGGCGAGAAAGUUGAUAAUACCAAUUUUGGGGAGCAGCGAAAGAUGCGCAGGGAACUAGGAGACCUCUUUCUAAGGCUUCUUACGGCUCUAUUCACUACAAGACCAACCUUUGCUGAGCCAACGAGCUCUAACGGCACAUCAGGACCGAGGCUCGUCAAGGGCGAGCUGGAACGUCGUGGCACAUUCCCUGGUGCCCUCGAAAGAUCUGACGAUGUCGUGGCCAUUCUCGCAUCCGUUGUUCCAAACCUGCCCAAAAUCCUACUUGAACCCGACCGCGUGCUGUCUGCAGCAGGAACAAUAUCAACCAAUGUUAUUGGCCCAACGUUCCGCUCCAAAACAUUUCCUGAUUCCGUGUCUUCGAGCACAUUGAAGCUCUUGCACGAGCUGUCUAGACUGCCGAACAACCAAAAGACGUGGAAGAAGGAUGUCGGCGACGCCUUCAAUGAUAGUAAAUUCUUCGCAAUGAACCUGGCCUUAGUUCAGAAUGACUGGCUGCCAUUGCUCCGGCAAUGGACCUUGACGGAUAAAGAGAGGAUUCCGGAGAUUGUUGGCCGCAUCAGCGCGCCCUCCAGCGCAGGAAUAGUGUUCGGCGUGGGUGCCACCUCUGCCCGUCUCGAGGCCGAUCGAAAGACGCAGCUGAACUUGCGGAGGAUCGCUACGCUGGUUCUCGCCUCGGCGGAUGAUGCCUUUGUCACGGACAUUCCCGUCAUUUUCGACAAGAUCGUUGAGCUGUUUGGAGCUACUUCGACGUCAUCUCCAUCGUCCACGACACGAGCCGAGGUAUACAUGCUCAUCAGGGCGCUGGUACUCAAGAUCAGCCCCAUCCACCUCGCCAGGCUGUGGCCCGUGGUAAACGCCGAGAUUCACUCCGCCAUUUCUUCCAUUGUUGCUCCGGACCAUAGCACCGCAUCCGAAAUCUACGUCUGCUCGGCUAUAUUGCAGGCAUGCAAGCUUCUCGACCUGCUCAUCUGCGUUGCACCAGACGACUUCCAGCUCCACGAAUGGCUCUUCGUGACGGACACCAUCGAGGCAGUGUACAGAUCUGCGACGUACCAGCCCGUCGCCCUCGUCGACGAGAUAUCGGAAGAACUUGGCGCGACUUCUUCUACGCAGCUGACUGCCGUGACUAGUCAUGAUGAUGCAAUGACGGCGGCGCAGAUGGCGACGAGCAACAACGGCUCGCGCCGUCUCCCGCUUCUAGGGCUUGGUGGCAUUGGCGACGACGCCGGCUUUGAGAGGAAGGACGAGCUGGUGGCGAAAGUUCUUAGGCCGUUCUUUGGCCAGCUUAGCAUCUUUGCUUUCGAGUCGACGUAUGCCAUGGGGGCGCUUGACAGGGAGGCCUGCGUGGAGUCUUUGUUGAAGGAUAUUUUUGAUGAUCGCAGUAUGGUGAAGGCUUUGUAA